UAAAGAAGACUUGCGGAAGGAAAACAGAGGAAGACCAAAAGCCCGUAGCGAAACACCGAUCUCUUACACGCAAAAGAACUAAAAUGGAAAUCGGAACAUUUACAAUUUAGUAGAUCUUGCUGCUUUCAACGUUGUGGCCAUUUUUGAUCGGCCUUGUUGAGUGCAUUUCCAGCUGUAAUUACGGGUUUUUUAAUACACAUUUUUUUUUUGGUUUACCUGGAUAUUAUUUUCCCCAUCUGGUGGGAGGAAACCGGAGGCCAGACAUUCGGGAAAGAGGUUUUGUCCUGUAGAUUGUUGUGGCAGGGGUUGGAUCUGGUGAAACUUCAUCGGAUGAGAAAAGUCUGCAUAUGUUUCAAGGAUCAAGAGGGAAAACGAUGAAAUGGACUUCAUUGCUUAAGGACAUCAAAGAGAAGGUUGGCCUCACUCCACCGCCUUCUUCUGCUUCUGCUACUUCUUCUGCUUCUUCAUCGGCUUUCACCUCGUCAUCUCGCGAUAGCAAUGUCAUUUCAGCUUGGCAAACCUUGGGUUCAUCUCCUGCCAGGGACAGACAUGAACUGGAAUUGGACUUCAAGAGAUAUUGGGAAGAGUUUCGGGCAUCCACCUCUGAGAAGGAAAAAGAAGCGGCCUUGAAUUUGACUAUAGAUGCAUUUUGUAGAUUAGUAAAGCAGCACACUAAUGUAGCUCAAUUAGUUUCCAUGUUAGUUGAAACACAUAUAUUCUUAUUUGUUGUUGGAAGAGCAUUUGUAACAGAUAUAGAGAAGUUAAAAAUGAGCAGCAAAACAAGAUAUCUGGAUGAAGCUCAAGUUUUAAAGUUUUUCUCUGAAGCCACAAAGGAUGGCAUCAGUCCUGGAUCAAAUUUGUUAACUGCAGUGGAAGCCCUUGUAUCUGGGCCUACUGACAAGCAAUCCCUGCUCGACUCUGGUAUAUUUUGCUGUCUCAUUCAUAUUCUCCAUGCCCUUCUAGAUCCUGAUGUAGCCAUUCAACGGUCAAACAUUACUAUCGAUCAUGAAGUGUUGCAAAAAGGUUGUGAUGGUGACAUUGGGCAAGCCCGCCAGCUUGAGAUAGAGGGAAGUGUUGUGCAUAUUAUGAAAGCACUUGCAAGCCAUCCAUCAGCAGCGCAGAGUUUGAUAGAGGAUAAUUCACUUCAGUUGCUCUUUCAAAUGGUUGCAAAAGGGUCAUUGAUAGUUUUCUUGCAUUACAAGAAAGGACUUGUUCCAUUACACAGCAUACAACUUCAUAGACAUGCCAUGCAGAUACUGGGUCUACUUUUGGUCAAUGACAAUGGAAGCACUGCUAAAUACAUCCGCAAGCAUCAUCUGAUCAGAAUUCUCUUAAUGGCUGUCAAAGAUUUUGAUCCUGAUUGUGGCGAUUCUGCCUACACCAUGGGCAGUGACUUGUUACUUGAGUGCGUGGAAUUGUCCUAUAGACCGGAAGCUGGUGGCGUCAGACUGAGGGAGGAUAUACAUAAUGCACACGGAUAUCAAUUCCUUGUGCAAUUUGCACUAACUUUAUCCAACAUGACAAAAAGUCAGGGAUUUCAGUCUGUUCAUCCUGAGUCAUUUACAGACAAAGAUAUUGCUGCAGCUGGAUUUCAGGCACUGGAUGAUGGAGGACAAAAUUCCAGAGGACAAGAGGAUUCUUCCCUUCAUCAUCUUUCACCCACAUUAUCCAGGUUGCUUGAUGUUCUUGUUAGUCUGGCUCAAACAGGGACAAAUGAGUCUCCACGGUCCUCUGGAGGCAGGGGUUUUAAAUCUUCUCAGACAAAGGCAGGUGUUCAUAACAAAAGUCGUACGUCAUCUUCUGAUCAGCUUGGUGAUGAAGUGUGGGAGAAGGACAAUGACAAAAUUAAGGACCUUGAAGCAGUCCAGAUGUUACAAGAUAUUUUCCUCAAAGCUAAGAACCAGGAAUUGCAGGCUGAAGUGUUAAAUAGAAUGUUCAAAAUUUUUUCAAGUCACCUAGAGAACUAUAAGCUGUGUCAACAAUUACGGACUGUUCCACUUUUCAUCCUUAACAUGGCUGGUUUUCCUUCAUCUUUGCAAGAGAUAAUAUUGAAAAUUCUUGAGUAUGCUGUUACUGUUGUGAACUGUGUUCCUGAGCAAGAGUUGCUUUCACUUUGCUGCUUACUGCAGCAACCAAUAACAUCAGAACUGAAGCAGACAAUACUUUCUUUCUUUGUAAAACUUUUGUCUUUUGACCAACAGUACAAGAAAGUUCUCCGUGAAGUUGGUGUAUUGGAAGUUCUGUUAGAUGAUCUGAAACAGAACAAGAUUUUGAGUCCAGAUCAACAGAUUAACAAUUCCAAUCAGCUGGAGAGAAAACCAGGUUCAAGCAGUUCCAAGAGACAUAUGGGCGACAAUAAGGAUGCUAUUAUUACCUCUCCCAGGCUCAUGGAAUCUGGUUCUGAGAAGUUUCCUAUUUUUGAAGUUGGAGCUACUAUUGAUAUUGCAUGGGAUUGCACGGUCUCUUUAUUAAAAAAGUGUGAGGCUAAUCAAGCUUACUUCCGCUCAGCUAAUGGUGUGACUGCUGUUUUGCCUUUUCUGGUUUCUGAUGUACAUCGUUCAGGGGUUCUUCGGAUAUUGUCAUGUCUUAUAAUUGAAGAUGUUUCGCAGGCUCAUCCUGAAGAGCUGGGUGUGUUGAUUGAAGUUUUGAAAAGUGGAAUGGUAACCAGUGCUUCAGGGUCCCAAUACCAGCUUUCUAUCGCUGCAAAAUGUGACAUCAUGGGAGCUCUGUGGCGGAUAUUAGGAGUAAAUCACUCUGCUCAGAAGGCUUUUGGUGAAGCCACUGGUUUCUCUCUUUUGCUUACCACACUGCAUGGGUUCCAAAGCGAUGGAAGGGACAUGGACCAAUCUGCAUUGAAUGAUUCCAUUAAGGUGCUUACAUAUUUGUUACGUGUGGUAACUGCUGGAGUGUCUAACAAUGCUGUUAAUAGGAUGAAGUUGAAUGCUAUUAUAUCUUCGCAAACUUUCUAUGAUCUCCUGUCUGAAUCUGGCUUGCUUUGCGUGGAACAUGAAAAACAAGUCAUCCAGUUGAUGUUGGAACUUGCCCUUGAAAUUGUGAUUCCACCUUUCUUAACUUCUGAAGGUUCGAAACUGAUAAAUGCUAUUGAGGAUGAGUCAUGCCAUACUCUAUUAUUAACUCCAUCAGGUCCAAUUAAUCCUGAUAGAGAGCGAAUUUACAACGCUGGUGCUGUUAAAGUUUUGAUCCAUUCAUUAUUGCUGUUUACUCCCAAGGUGCAGUUGGAAGUGUUACACUUAACUGAAAAGCUUGCUCAUGCUGGCUCCUUUAAUCAGGAAAACCUCACCUCCAUACGUUGUGUGGAACUUUUGCUGGAGAUAAUCCACCCUUUCCUUCUGGGUUCAUCUCCUUUGCUUUCUUAUGCAUUGAAGAUUGUGGAAGUUCUUGGUUCCUACAGGUUGUCUCCAUCUGAACUUCGUAUGCUCAUCAGAUAUGUACUGCAACUGAGGCUUAAAAAUUCUGGUCAGAGGAUCAUUGAAAUGAUGGAGAAGUUAAUUUUCAUGGAAGACAUGGCCUCUGAAAAUAUUUCCUUGGCACCCUUUGUGGAGAUGGACAUGAGAAAGAUUGGCCAUGCUGCAAUUCAGGUUUCCCUUGGUGAAAGAUCGUGGCCUCCAGCUGCUGGUUAUUCAUUUGUUUGUUGGUUCCAGAUUCAAAAUUUUCUAAAAUCACAAUCAAAAGAAACAGACUCUUCCAAAUCCAUCUCUUCUAAGAAGCGAUCUGGUUUAAAUGGGCAGCAGAAUGAGCAGCACAUUUUAAGGAUAUUUUCAGUUGGUUCAGCUAAUAGUGACAAUACAAUCUUUGCUGAACUUUUUCUUCAGGAGGAUGGUGUUCUAACUCUUGCGAUCAGUGACUCUUGUUUCUUAUCAUUUUCCGGGUUAGAACUAGAAGAAGGAAGGUGGCAUCACCUUGCAGUUGUUCACAGCAAACCAAAUGCUCUUGCUGGUCUCUUCCAAGCUAGUUUUGCCUAUGUCUAUCUUAAUGGAAAACUUAGGCACACUGGAAAGUUAGGAUAUUCACCAUCUCCACUGGGGAAACCAUUGCAGGUCACUAUUGGGACUUCAAUUGUUAAUGCAAGAGUUAGUGACUUGACAUGGAAACUACGAUCUUGCUACCUUUUUGAGGAAGUGCUUACAUCAGGAUGUAUUUGUUUUAUGUACGUACUUGGUAGAGGAUAUAGAGGGCUCUUCCAAGACGCAGAUCUUCUACAGUUUGUACCUAACCAGGCUUGUGGUGGUGGUAGUAUGGCCAUACUAGAUUCUUUAGAUGCUGAUUUGACUGUGACUUCUAAUGGUCAGAGGCUUGAUGCUAGCAAGCAAGGUGACCUGAAGGCUGAUGGGAGUGGAAUUGUGUGGGAUUUGGAAAGACUAGGAAACCUUCCUUUACAGCUUUCAGGGAAGAAACUUAUAUUUGCAUUUGAUGGAACCUGUACAGAAUUUAUUCGUUCAUCAGGGAGUUUUUCAAUGCUUAAUUUGGUUGAUCCAAUGUCUGCAGCUGCUUCUCCCAUUGGAGGUAUUCCUCGUUUUGGACGACUGUAUGGAGAUAUUUAUAUCUGCAAGCAUUGUGUGAUUGGAGAGACUAUUCGUCCUGUUGGUGGCAUGGCAGUUGUGUUGGCUCUAGUUGAAGCUGCAGAGACUAGGGAUAUGCUGCAUAUGGCCCUGACAUUGCUUGCCUUUGCACUUCAUCAAAAUCCUCAGAAUGUCAAGGACAUGCAAUCAUUAAGGGGCUACCAUCUACUCGCAGUUUUUUUGCAUCGUAGAAUGUCGCUAUUUGACAUGCAAUCUCUUGAGAUCUUCUUUCAAAUUGCUGCUUGUGAAGCUUCAUUUUCUGAGCCAAAAAAGUUGGAAAGCACUCAAACUGUUUUGUCCCCUGUGGCAUUGACGGAGGAAACCAGUCUUGAAGAUCACUAUCUUUCAAAGUUUCAUGAUGAAAAUUCUUCUGUUGGAUCGCAUGGAGAUAUGGAUGAUUUUUCCAUUCAGAAAGAUUCAUUUAGUCAUAUUUCAGAGUUGGAAACUGCUGAUAUUGCUGCUGAAACUUCGAAUUGUAUUGUCUUGUCAAAUUCAGACAUGGUUGAACAUGUCUUGCUGGAUUGGACAGUGUGGGUAACAGCCCCAGUUUCAAUCCAAAUUUCAUUGCUGGGAUUUCUUGAAAACUUAGUGUCUAUGCACUGGUACAGGAAUCAUAACCUUACAAUUCUUCGGCGAAUCAACCUUGUUCAACAUUUACUUGCAACUUUGAAAAGGGGUGAUGUUGAAGUUCCUGUCCAAGAGAAAUUGGUUGUGCUGCUCGGUGUCAUCUUGGAAGAUGGCUUUCUGUCUUCUGAGCUGGAAAAUGUGGUUAGAUUUGUGAUCAUGACAUUUGACCCCCCUAGGUUGGUUCGACAAAGUCCAAUAAUGAGAGAGUCAAUGGGGAAACACGUUAUUGUCAGAAAUAUGUUACUGGAGAUGCUCAUUGAUCUACAAGUGGCUAUUAAAUCAGAAGAGGUGCUUGAGCAGUGGCAUAAAAUUGUUUCUUCCAAAUUAAUUACAUAUUUUCUUGAUGAAGCAGUUCAUCCCACAAGUAUGAGAUGGGUCAUGACUCUACUUGGUGUGUGUUUGACUUCUUCUCCUACUUUUGCUCUAAAAUUUCGAAUGAGUGGAGGUUACCAAGGUUUGGUUCGAGUGCUUCCAAGUUUCUAUGACUCCCCUGACAUUUAUUAUAUAUUGUUUUGUUUGAUAUUUGGCAAGCCAGUUUAUCCUAGGUUACCAGAGGUUCGCAUGCUGGACUUUCAUGCUCUUAUGUCGAGUGAUGGGAGUUAUGUAGAACUGAAGUUUGUAGAAUUGUUGGAUUCUGUGAUUGCUAUGGCAAAAUCUACUUUUGCUAGGUUAAGCAUGCAUUCGAUGUUUGCUCAUCAAACUGGUAAUCUUUCCCAGUUUAGUGCUAGCCUUGUGGCUGAGCUUGUGGAGGGAUAUUCAGAUAUGGCUGGCGAGCUUCAGGGGGAAGCUCUGAUGCACAAGACUUAUGCUGCUCGCCUAAUGGGUGGUGACGCAUCAGCCCCUGCUGCAGCAACUGCGGUUCUUAGAUUUAUGGUUGAUCUAGCUAAGAUGUGUCCCUCUUUUACUGCUGCUUGCAGGCGUGCAGAAUUUCUUGAAAGCUGCAUUGAUCUAUACUUUUCUUGUGUGAGGGCUGUCCAUGCUGUUAAUUUGGCAAAAGAACUUUCUGCCGGCACAGAAGAGAAAAUUUUGAAUGAUACUGAUGAUACUUGUAGUUCUCAAAAUACAUUCUCUAGCUUGCCUCUUGAGCAGGAGCCAUCAGUCAAAACCUCAAUUAGUCUUGGAAGCUUUCCUCAAGGGCAGGUAAGUACAAGUUCUGAAGAUAUGGUUGCACCUGUGAACCCUAUGGAUGCUGUGAGAUCAGAUAAUAGUGUUUCUACAUCCCAGAUGGAGUUAAAUAAAUCUGUUAAGGUCUUGGACGGUGACAAUGCUGAUCAAGUGCCUGACACCAUGGCUGCAAAUGAGUUUGGCUUUCGCAGUUUCAAAGGCACUUUGGAAAAUCUCCAGACAACAGAUUUACAGAGCUCUGCAUCUUUUACCACAUAUGACUCUCCCAUUUUAUCUGAAAAGUCCAGUUCUAGAAUUCCUCUUUCACCUUCGUCACCAGCUUUGGGAUUGGCAUCCUGGCUGGGUAGUGCCAGCCAGAGUGAAUCUAAAUCUCCCUUAGCAGUGACUCCCUCUUUAGAUUCUUCCAUGUCUGUUGGGAAUUUUGAUCCAGCUUCAGAUUUGAAGUCCAGUGCUCAAGGUCCAUCUGGCACGAGUGACUAUUUUGCUGUAACUUCAAAGUUGCUUCUGGAUAUAGAUGAUUCCGGUUAUGGUGGUGGGCCAUGUUCUGCAGGAGCUACUGCUGUUCUAGAUUUUAUUGCAGAAGUUCUUUCUGAUUUUGUGACCGAGCAGCUGAAGGCAUCACUGGUUAUUGAGAACGUCUUGGAAAGUGUUCCUCUACAUGUUGAUGCUGAGUCAAUGUUAGUCUUUCAGGGCCUCUGCCUAAUUAGAUUUUUGAACUUCCUUGAAAGGCGAUUGUUACGUGAUGAUGAAGAAGAUGAGAAAAAAUUGGAUAAGAGUCGCUGGUCCUCCAACUUGGAUGCUUUGUGUUGGAUGAUAGUAGAUCGUGUAUAUAUGGGUGCUUUUCCUCAACCUUCUGGGGUAAUAAAAUGCCUUGACUUCUUCUUAUCUAUGUUGCAGUUAGCGAACAAAGAUGGUCGAAUUGAAGAAGCAUCGCCUGGUGGAAAAGGGCUGUUAUCAAUCACCAGAGGAAGUAGGCAGCUUGAAGCUUAUGUAUAUUCCAUUCUUAAAAACACAAAUCGAAUGAUAUUAUAUUGCUUUCUCCCAUCAUUUUUAAGUAGUAUAGGGGAAGAUGAUCUCCUUUCACGCUUGGGUUUGCUCGCCGAGUCUAAAAGGAGAUUGUCCUCAGCUCCUCAAGAUGAUUCAGGAAAUGACAUCUGUACAGUCUUACAAUUAUUGGUUGCUCAUAGAAGAAUUAUAUUCUGUCCCAGCAACACUGAUACAGAUAUUAAUUGCUGCCUUUGUGUGAAUCUUUUGUCUCUUCUCUGUGAUCAAAGACACAGCGUGCAGAAUAUGGCCAUUGAAGUGGUCAAGUAUCUUCUAGUCCAUAGGAGGGCUGCUUUUGAAGACUUGCUUGUUACUAAACCUAACCAAGGGGAGCAACUCGAUGUACUUCAUGGUGGUUUUGAUAAAUUAUUGACUAGAGGUUUAUCUGAGUUUUUUGACUGGUAUCAGAAUAAUGAACAUAUUGUAAAUAAAGUAUUAGAACAGUGUGCUGGCAUUAUGUGGGUGCAGUAUAUUGCUGGAUCGGCAAAAUUUCCUGGAGUAAGAAUCAAAGGCAUGGAAGGCCGUAGAAAGAAGGAAAUGGGGAAGAAAUCCCGAGAAGCUGCAAAGUUGGAUUCAAAACAUUGGGAGCAACUAAAUGAGAGAAGAUAUGCACUGGAAUUAGUUCGUGAUGUGAUGUCUGCUGAGUUGAGAGUAGUCAGGCAAGAUAAGUAUGGAUGGGUUCUGCAUGCUGAGAGUGCUUGGCAAGGCCAUCUUCAGCAGCUUGUGCAUGAACGAGGGAUAUUCCCUCUCUGUAAAUCAUCUAUGACUAAAGAACUGGAAUGGCAGCUUUGUCCCAUUGAAGGUCCAUAUCGGAUGCGCAAAAAACUUGAGCGUUGCAAACCGAAAAUUGAUACCAUCCAAAAUAUUUUAGAUGGACAGUUUGAAAUAGAUGAAGCAGAGUUGUCUAAAGGGAAAAUUCAGAAGUGUCUUGAUACAUCUGAUUCUGACUCUGAACCGUAUUUUCAACAAAUGACACAUAAGGAUAAACAGAAUGCUAUUGACAAUGAACCAUAUGAUGCAUCUUUAUUUAAUAAGAUGGACAGUGUCAAAGAUGCUGUUUCUGAUGGGAAUGAGUGGAAUGAUGACAAAGCUAGCAGUAUAAAUGAAGCAAGCCUCCAUUCUGCACUUGAGACUGGUGCCAAGUCUAGUGCAGUGUCAAUUCCUAUAGAAGAGAGCAUCCAAGGAAGAUCUGACUUGGAAUCUCCUCAGCAAUCUUCUGUGAAAGUUGAUGAUGCUGAGUUUGCAGAUGAGAAGUUUGAUAAAGAACUGCAUGAUAAUGGCGAAUUCUUAAUCAGACCCUUUUUGGAACCAUGUGAGAAAAUAAGAUUUAAAUAUAACUGUGAACGAGUUGUAGGUCUUGACAAGCAUGAUGGGAUAUUCCUGAUAGGUGAACUUUGUUUGUAUGUGAUUGAAAAUUUCUAUAUUGACAACUCUGGCUGCUUCUGUGGGAAGGAAUGUGAAGAUGAACUUUCGGUUAUUGAUCAAGCUCUGGGUGUAAAGAAAGAUGUCAAUGGGAGUGUAGAUUUUCAAUCUAAGUCAACUUUGUCUGGGAGCAGCACAGCAGCUAAUUCAUGGGUUGGGGGAAGAGCAUGGGCCUAUAGUGGUGGCGCAUGGGGAAAGGAAAAGGUGCAUAGCAGUGGGAAUUUACCUCACCCGUGGCGCAUGUGGAAACUUAACAGUGUUCAUGAGAUAUUGAAACGUGAUUACCAGCUCCGUCCUGUUGCUGUUGAAAUAUUUAGCAUGGAUGGAUGUAAUGAUCUCUUGGUUUUCCACAAAAGGGAACGAGAAGAAGUUUUUAAAAACCUAAUUUCCAUGAAUCUGCCUCGGAAUAGCAUGUUGGAUACAACUAUUUCUGGAACCUCAAAACAAGAAAGCAAUGAGGGUAGCCGUCUUUUUAUGAUGGACAAAUCCUUUACUAAAAGGUGGGAAAAUGGAGAGAUAAGCAAUUUUCAGUACCUUAUGCAUCUCAAUACUGGCAGGACGUGGUUAUAUAGUGAUCUUACACAAUAUCCAGUCUUUCCAUGGGUCCUUGCUGAUUAUGAGAGUGAAAAAUUUGACUUGUCCAAUCCAAAACACAUUCGUAAGCUGGAAACAAUGGGCUGCCAGACACCUGAAGGGGAAGAUGAGUUUAAGAAAAGAUAUGAGAGCUGGGAUGAUCGGGUCCCAAAGUUUCAUUAUGGAUCUCAUUAUUCUAGUGCGGGAAUUGUCCUCUUCUUUAUCCGCCUGCCCCCAUUUAGUGCGGAGAACCAAAAGCUUCACGGUGGUCAGUUUGAUCAUGCUGAUCGUCUUUUCAAUAGCUUAAGGGAUACCUGGUCAAGUGCGGCUGGGAGAGGAGAAACAUCUGAUGUGAAGAAACUGAUUCCAGAAUUUUUCUACAUGCCUGAGUUCUUGGAAAAUCGUUUCAAUCUUGACCUAGGAGUGAAGCAGUCUGGGGAGAAGGUCAUCCUAGUGCUAAGUGGCUCAGAUGAUUGCACAGUUAUUAUAUGGGAUCUUAGCUCCAUGGGAUUUAUUCGACAGCUCCCAGAAUUCCCAUUGCCAGUUUCACAGCAAUUUUUUGUUAAUGACUUGUCUGGGGAAAUUGUUACUGCUGCUGGUAUUCUUCUUGUGAUAUGGAGCAUCAAUGGGGAUUGCCUGGCAAUGAUCAACACGUCCCAGCUGCCAUCUGAUUCUAUUCUCUCUGUGACAAGUAGUGCAUUUUCUGAUUGGAUGGACACGAACUGGUAUGCCACAGGUCAUCAAAGUGGAGCUGUCAAGGUGUGGCAAAUGGUUCACUGUUCUGAUCCUGAUAGCUCCCUAAGUAAAGCCUCUAGUGGGGGAGUUUUAAAUCUUGAUGGAAAAGAACCAGAAUACAGGUUGGUUCUGCGCAAAGUACUGAAGUUCCAUAAACAUCCUGUUUCUGCCCUCCACCUGACAAGUGACCUGAAACAGUUUUUUAGUGGGGAUUCAGGUGGGAAUUUGGUUUCCUGGACAAUACCAGAUGAGAGUGUUAGAGCGAAUCGGGGGUGAAGCUGGUAAUAUGAUUGUUACUUUUGGUGACUUCAGCAUCUGGGCCUGCCUUUGGUUCUUGAAUCCUGAUAUUGGGUUCCGAGCGAAAAUCAAUAAUCAAGAAAACGGAUUCGUAUUCAUAAUUCUUGAAGAUUGUAAAACGAUCAGGAAGCAAGGCUCGGAUUCUAACUGGGUGAACCAACUUGACGGAGAGAAGUUGGGAGCCUUGCAGCAGAUAUGAGCGUUGAGAGCUAACUCGCAUCAGGAUUAACGUGUGUUUACCCUGUGGGAAAAGCAUCUGGUUGACGCAGCAGGAUGUGCAGUGUAGAAGAAGAAAGCAAUGACUGCCUUGAGAUAUUGGUCCAUUUUGGGUGAACGGUGGAGGAUUCUUUUGGUUAUGAGUCUGUUGGCUUUUCUUUGAUGUAUAUAUACAUGCUCACAUGAAGCUUUUAGUGUGUAAUUAAGCUGUACAGGUCAUGAAUUGGAAUGUGAUUUAAAGCAUAGGUCUGGGAUACGGUUGAUGGGAUGAGUGUAAUCGUUUCUCGGAAAUAUUUUUGAAGUUGGGCCAUUUUCUUUUACUAAGAAAAAGAAGGCCGUUUCUUGUGAA